AUGCGGUGCAUUUUCCGGCCGCCGGAGUCUUCAUCCCUUGCACGGGAGGGAGGAGCAGCGGCAUUGCCUUCAGCCAAGGUGUUGACAAGCAAAAUAAAGAUGUAUGUCGUGCUUGCAUUUGUUGAUGGCGAAGAGCUGUUCAAUGAAAUUGCUGGUAAUUACGGGGAACCCGGAAUGGGGAAGUCAAUAUUACUGGCUGGUCUUUUAUUUCUGUCGUGCAUUGUGAACGCCCUUAAAGUUGCGGGUCAGGCGGCAUCAUCACCACCAACGGAUGCUGAUCUGCUUCAGGUGGCUGCUUCUCUCCAAAUGUACGUCGAGGAGUUGCCUGACAUGCCUAAGAUCAAUGGCUACUCUUCCUACAAUGGGCGACUUGGGCCAGCCAAUCUCACCAUAGGGAUGUUUGAAAAGAAAUGGAAAUUCCAUAGAGAUCUACCAGCCACCACCGUCUUCGCAUUUGGAACGUCAUCAACCACAGCAACAGUUCCCGGUCCGACAAUAUUGUCCCUUCAAAAUGUGCCAACCUACGUCACAUGGGAAAAUCACCUACCAUCAAACCAUAUACUCCCUUGGGAUCCGACCAUCCUUACUGCAGUACCAAAGACUGGUGGUGUAGCCACGGUAGUCCAUCUCCAUGGUGGCAUUGAUGAACCACAAAGUGAUGGCAAUCCGUUUGCAUGGUUCACUGCAGACUUCAAUCAAACUGGACCAGCUUGGACCACACCAACCUACACUUAUCUAAAUGACAUCCAGCCACCAGGCAACAUCUUUUACCAUGACCAUGCACUUGGCCUGACCAGAUUGAACAUCUUAGCUGGUCUCUUUGGGGGGUACCUCGUUAGCGACCCUGCCACAGAAGGCUGCCUGAAUCUUCCCUCCAGCUCAUUCGACCGGCUGAUCCUGAUCUUCGACCGCAGCUUCAACAAAGACGGUUCUCUAUACAUGAACUACACCGGUGUGAACCCACCCGUCCACCCUCAAUGGCAGCCGGAGUAUUUCGGGGAUGCCAUCAUAGUUAAUGGCAAGGCAUGGCCUUUCAUGAAUGUUCAAGUGAGAAAGUACCGUUUCCGGAUUGUCAAUGUAGCCAAUGCUCGGUACUUUCGUCUUUCACUGAGCAAUGGCUUGAAUUUCACCCAGAUAGCCUCUGAUUACUCCUACCUUCCCCAGCCAGUCGUUCUUAGCUCCAUACUCCUAGGCCCUGCGGAAGGUGCUGAUGUGAUUAUCGACUUCUCGAAAUCCUCGGGUGAGGUCCUCCUGCUAAACGAUGCUCCAUAUCCGUACCCUUCCGGUAAUGCAGUGGAUUCUCUCAAUAGUAAGGUGAUGAAGUUUGUCAUCCAGUCUCAAAAUGCACCAGUAGUAGACCGCUCCGUAGUCCCCAAAAGCAUUGCUACAUAUCCGAAGCCUGUCACCACUGGCAUAGCCAGGACUCGGUACCUUGGGUUAUAUGAGUACAGCACCAAUGGUCUUGUUACACAUUUAUACAUUAAUGGCAAACGGUUUACAGAUCCAGCAACAGAGACACCAGUCCCUGGUAGCACAGAGAUUUGGAAGAUUAUAAACUUGACACAAGAUGAUCACCCUCUGCAUCUUCACUUAGCAAUGUUUCAGGCCAUAGAACGGAGAGGACUAGUGAACACAGACCAAUUGACUGCAUGCAUGAAUACCACAUAUGAUCCCAUCAAAUGUAACAUCAGUAGCUAUGAACAAGGGCCAUUGUUUCCUAUACCACCAAGUGAGAUGACAUGGAAAAAUAUAGUGAAAAUGGCUCCAGGAAACAUGACGACUGCAGUGGUGAAGUUUGGUUAUGUCCACAAGAAUGCAUCAUAUCCAUUUGAUCCGACUGCAGAGCCGGGUUACGUAUACCACUGCCAUAUAUUGGAUCAUGAGGACAAUGAAAUGAUGAGGCCUUUGAAGCUGGUUUGGUAG